AUGGAGUGGGAACGCAUCGCCGAAGACGACGAGACCAAGGGCGACGAGUGGGAGGAGGAUUCGUAUGGGAACCCGUUCCGGUUGCCGCCCGCCGACGUCAUUCGGAGUACGUACCAGACGAAACACAUUGAUUAUGGGAGCGCGCACCCCUCCGUCGAGGGGAAGAAGCGGUCGUUGUGCCUGGCCCCGCCCUUUCCUUUGCUAUGGUUACUGCUGGGCUCCAUUGCGUUGGUGCGCUUCGGCGCGCCGACGGCCGCGAAACCGGUCAUGCACGCUCCUGAACAAAAGAAGCACCACUCGUCGAGUGAACCGGCCGCACCGCAUGCGACCGUCACGCCGGCGCCCACAUUUGCGCCGACGCCGGCGGCCCGGCGCCUCGACGCGAGCGACGACCCGCGAACCGACGACCAGUACGACGACCGCUACUACACGUACGAACCCACCAAACGGGAACGGCACCAGGAGCGGAGGAGGCUUUACUUCUUCGGCUGGAUCGCGCUCGGCCUCGCCGGCGCGGCGGUCCUCGUCGUCUGCCUCCUGAACCUCGGCAAGCUGUUGAGAAGGGACCCCUCAAAACCGUCGAAGCCGGUCACCGAGGCCGAGCCGUUGAUGAGGGGCGCGACGGAAUACGAGGCCUGCGCCGCCGUGCCCGCGCGGCGCAUGAACUCGGAAGAGAUGCUCGCCGAGGAGGCGGCGUUCGUCCGCGAGGAUAGGCAGUCGCCGACGCUGUUCACGCUCUGAGUAACUACGGCCCUGUGUGAUUCCUCGCGGCGGAUGCUAGCGGUCUGUAAGACACUAGCAAACCCUGGGGCUUAGAAAAGGCUGCCACCACACGCGUGCGAGAUCUCGCGCGAGCCAGACGUGAGCGUUUCAGGCCGCAGAGACCGCGCCGGCGACGACACCGGUGGCCCUCCCGCGUGUCUCGCUUGCGAGGCCACCAAAAAACCAGACGCCAAAAAAACUAAGACGCCCGGCGAGCGGUACAGCUCGUCGCGCGCGGCAGGACGAAGAACCCACUCCGUUUAAACCAGCGUCCGAACCGCGCUCGUCGCCGGCGUAACGCUCGCCCGCGCCGCGCGCCGCGCGCCGCCGCCGCGAAGUCGCCGCACGCGCGUCACGGGUAUCGAACGCAGGUCGCGCUCCAGAUCGAGCGCCAGGAGUUCAUCCAGUCCAAGAUUAUUGAUCGCGUGGCCGACGAGGACGAUGAUUUGGUGUUCGUCGAGCAGAAGAAGAAGCUCGUCGUCGACGUCGGACGCGGUGUGGAAAUGGACCUUCAGCGUGCCGCCGUCGGCGCGACAUCGCCGCGACGCUUUCGCACAGGUGCGCGACAAGGACGACUUAGACCUCUACUACAAGACGAUCCCCGACUACUUCGAGCAGGACGACGGCCGCAAGUUGACCGAGGUGCCCGACCGCACGUCGACGGACAUGAUCGAGGGGACCUACUAGGACGCUCCCUCUCCCCCGCGUAAAACGCU